AUGGCAGUUCCCAUCUUGCCUUCGUUGGUGGUGCUUGGCGUGGCGGGCUUGGCCUCAUUUGGCUUUCAGCUCAUCACUCUCCCCACUCUCGUUCUCGUUCUGGGACUUGUUAGCGUCAUCGGUGUGUGCAUAGCAGUUGGCCAGAGGGCAAUCCACUGCCUUGGCCAGGAUGAACAGGUGUGGGUGGAAGGGUUCACCGGAGCCUAUGUACAGAAUGGGCCAGGCGUUGCAAUUCUUAAUCCGCUCACCUACAGGUUAGCAACCAGACGAAAGGCUGAGACUCUGGGCAACAUGGACUAUGUCAAGGUGAGGGACAGCCUCGAGGGCAAAGAGCGGGUCGAGAAAGGUCCGAAGCUCUUCUUCCUCAGUGCCUAUGAGCAAGUUGUGGAAAGAAAGCAGGGCCUCAGCCUUGGAAGCACGGAGUUUGCCAUUGUGGAAGACCGCCUCACGGGUGAGCGGCGCAUCGUCAAAGGUCCAUGCAUGUUCUUUCCGGGCCCGCAUGAGGAUGCCAAUCGGGGUGCGGCAGUGAGCCUGAGCCGCAUCGAAUAUCUCAUUGUCGAGGAUCAGCUCACCGGCGACAAAAAGGUUGUCAAAGGUCCCGCAGUCUGGUUUCCAGGCCCAUAUGAGCGAAGCAGCGCCAAGACCACGGCGAUCGCUCUGCAGGAAGAUGAGUAUAUCAAGGUGAAGGACACGUCCUCUGGAAAGAGAUGGAUUGAGAAAGGUAAAGCCUUGGUGUUCCCAGAGCCCACUUGGCAUGUUGAAGGUGCCACUGCAAAAUGCAGUGGGAUUUGCAAAGCCUGGGCCUUGAAAUCAUACGAGUUUGUGCGCCUCAUGGACACGGUCACGGGCAAGGUUGCGUCGUACCGUGGGGAACAGACGGUUUUCCCUAGCCCGGACGAUGAACUCUUGGACGGUGGUGUCAUGGAAGCCAUGGACCUCAAGGUCCACGAGUAUGUCAAGCUCCUUGACCAGUCCACGGGAGUGAUCCGCGUGGAAUCUGGCUCCAAUGGCUCCAGCAAGCAAGUCUUCCUUGGGCCUCAUGACAAAGUGCUGGACAACGGGAAGAAGAAGGCCGUCGAGGUGGAUGACGAACAUGCAGUACUCGUGCGGGACAAGAGUACCGGGCAAGUGCGACUGGUCACUGAGAAGCAGCUCUUUGUCCCAGGUCCCAAUGAAACAAUCGAGAAAGUGCAGGAGCUGAUCCGGCUGGCAGACCACGAGGCUCUCAUUGUGAAGAACCGAGAAGGUGAGUUUCAGUAUUUCUAUGGCAGCGAGGAGAAACGAUCACCUGGGCAGCCUCGCGCCUUCUUCCUGGAGCCGUAUGCAGAGACGGUGAAACUUUGCUGGAGCAAGGGCCGGCGGCGAGAGACCCGAAACCUCUUCAUUGAGAGGUUUGACUGUCGUGCUCAGUUUAUGUCCUUCGAAUUCAACUGCCGCACGUCGGACAAUGUGGAGCUCAUCCUUGAGGGAACCUUCUUCUGGGAAGUUGUGGAUCUUCCAGCCAUGGUCAAGAGCACUGGGGACACCAGUGGUGAUCUCUGCAACCAUGCGAGAUCGCAGUUCAUCCGGCACGUCGCCAAAGUGACUUUGAAGGAGUUCAUGGACAGCUCCCAUGCCAUCGCCAAGCGUGUUUGGGAGGAGGACACGGAAUUCUACGCCUCUCGAGGUGUCAAGAUCCACUCCUUGGAGGUGACGCGCUACCAAUGCGCGGAUUCUCGAACCUCGGAGAUUCUGGAGCAAAUUAUUCAGGAGACCACAAAUCGCAUGAACCGCCUUUCGCAAGCGGAGUCAGAGAAUGAGGUCAGCCUCUUUCGUACCCAUGGCCAGAUCGAGCAGGAGCGUCUUAACGGCGAACUGCUGGCCAUCAAGCACCAGCAUUCAGAGGCGGAGGCCGAGGUGGUUGGGCGUGCAGAAGCCAACAGGGUCUCCGCGUUCAUCGCCGGCCUGGAGCCAAAGGUGGAGAAGCUGGAAGACCGUAUCGCACUUUGGCAAGUGCUCCGAAAGAAUGAGGCAUUGAGCUGCAUUUCCGAGGGCAAUGCGAGCUUGUACUACACCCCAUCCGAUGUGGACCUGUCGAUCGAAUCGAAGAAGAUGUGA